AUUCGAAACUUCCAGGUAAUCCCGUUAUGCCUUCUGCUGCUAACAGAAGCGAAGCGAGUGGAGAUCCGGCCACGGAUAGCAGAGCCGCAGGUUUAUUACGAAGAGGAGGACAGCCAAGCGGCUGAGGACGAUUACAGUCCAGCAGUCUAUCAACCACGCACCCGUGCCCUUCCUUCGCCACGUUCGAAGGACGCAUUGCACUCGUCGAAACCGCCGCCAGUCCAGACAAUUCGCAAUUACAACAAGGUCAACGACGACGGGUCUUUCACAUUCGGCUACGAGGCGGCCGACGGCUCGUUCAAGGAGGAGACCCGCGGCACCGACUGCGUGGUGCGCGGUAAAUACGGCUACAUCGACCCUGACGGCAAUAAAAGAGAGUUCACGUACGUGUCUGGCAAUCCGUGCGACCCGAACGCGCCGAAGGACGACGAGGACGACCUCGCCGACAAGCAAGAGGAGGAGGAUAUCUCCGGACCGGCCAACUAUCCGUCCGUGAGACCGAUACCAAGACCGGUGUCGUCCCGACCCACCUACGCGCAACAAUCGACCACGCGCGCACCCACCACCAUCUUCCAAACGCACUAUCAGCUGGACGAUGACGCGAGUCAAGAGCUGAGCGACGAGGACCUCGUCAAGCCGUCGCAGUUGAGAGUACACAGCGGCGGGUACAGGACAGCGGCGCAACAGCCGACCUACGUUCAAGUCACGCCGUCGACGGCUCUUUACGAACCAUCGCCCACGGCCAGUCCCGCUCUCUAUCGACUAGCCUCCUCGACGACCCAGUACCAGAGCACCGAUUCGCCGAUCAUCCGCGCUCAACCCACCGUCUCGUCGACGGCGUACCAAACCCUCGAAACGACGACCCGUCGCCCAGUGACCCGCCACCCGAAGCCGCAAUCGGUCGCUAUCACUCCCCGACCCCACGUUGCACAAGUCGCUGCCCAGUACGUGUCCCCGAGUAGCACCGAGCGUCCAGCGUUAGCGUACAACCGCCCCUCGGCCGUCAGCACCGUGUCGCCCAGCAAUCUGCGCAGCAGCACCGCAUCCGCAGCCGCGUCUCCUCACCUUGACUUUGCCGCCGAGCUCGAGCGUUACGUGAACACGGUCGGCGUAGCCCCGAGUUCCAAGCCCCAAGCUCAAUCGUCCUCCUCCCAAUCGUCGAAAGUUAAGUUAACCGCCGGCCAAGCGCCGAUUGCUGCCUCCGCCGCAGACCCCAUCUACCAGUCGGAGCUCGUUUACGAUCCGGCCACCGCCCAGCCCCAGUCCUACCUCGGACUCCAGCAGCUGCAGCAGCUUCAGCCCCAGCAGCCGCCCCAGCGUCAGUCCCCGCUUUACAAGCAACCGGCCACCCAGCCCGCGCAAUCCGCCCCCGCAGCAGCCAUCAGCCAACAGCCGCAGGAAGUGCUCUACAGAAAGCAGCAGGCCCAGCUGUUGCAGCAGUCGCAACAGCUCUACGCUCAACAGCAACGACGCCAGCAACAACAACAGCAACAACAACAGCAACAGCAAUCGGCUCAGUCGCACAGGCUUCAACUGCUCGAGUCUCAAACGCAACCACAGUCCUUUUACUACGUGGCUCCCGCGAGGUCCGCCAACGCUGCCAGCGCGCCUCUUUCCGUAGGUCAGAUCGAUCACUAUCUCCGAGCCACCGCCUCUCGUUAUUGA